UAAAAUUUCAUCUACAUAUAUAAAUUGUAUUUAUGUAUUUACAAUAACAAAAAAAAGAGAAUAAAUUAAUAAUAUUUAAUUAUUAAAAAAAAAAGAAAUUCAAUAAAUAAAAUUAAAAUAUCAAUAAAACCAACCACCCCUUACAUAUCCUUUAUAAUAUAUUUACCGUAAUAUGCUACAUAUAUACAAAUAUAUUGUAGUUACAGUCAUUUCAAUAAUAUUUUAAAUUUAUAAUAUUCAAAAAAUAAUAAAUAAAAAUUAAUUAACAAAGAGAAAACCUUAUUUAUUUAAUUAUAAAUAAAAAAGAACUUAAAUAUCCUUAAGUAUACGUACAUUAGCAAAUAUAUAUAAGUAUAUAUACACGUAUAUACAUACGUUAAAUAAAUUUUUUAAAAAACAAUAAUAAAAGAAAAAUAAUGUUCCUUUAAGCUUUUUUAAUAAUAAAGCAAAGAAAAAAAGAAAAUAAAUUAAAAUAAGUUGAAUUAAAAAAAAAAUACACAGAGAAAAAAAUUAACAAAAAAAAAACCAAUAACAUUUUAUAAGAUUAUUUUAUUCUGUUCCGUGUUUUUUUAAAAGCCAACGUCAUACACAAAAAAAAAAGGAUAAAAACUAUAAAUGUAAGAAAGAAAAAACAAAAAGAGGAAGAAACAAAUCAUUAUUACUUAUAAAAAGCGACACAUGAAAACUGUUAUAUAUACAGUUGUGGUAUAUAACGGAAUUUCCUGCAUAUACUCACAUAAAUAGUUCAAGUUACGUUCUUUAACGGUUAUGCCGUAAAAUAUAAAAAGCAAACAUACAAUUACGAUACAAAACGCAAAAGGAUAUCUUGAUAUACUUAUAUAUUUUUUUUCUGUUCUUUGCUGUUGAUUGCUGGUUUUCUUGUUUUUGUUUUUUUUUUUUUACCUACCGCGCACAUAUUUUAAUUUUCAAACAUUUUUUUUUUUUUGUACCAUAUUACACAAUACUUACAUUUUGUUAGUAAAUGUGUGCAAUCUCAAUAUAAAUAAUAUGUGAGAGAAAAUAAGUCUCUAAGGAUAAAAAACGCGGCGAUCAAUUUUCCUAUUAUUAUUAUUUACAGUUAUAAAUUGUUAUAAUAAUAAUAAGAGUAAUAAUAACAAUAAAGAAAAUAAUAAGGAUUCUUUAUAUUUUGUGUGAUAAACGUACAAUUUUUAUAUAUAUCCUUGCCCUAUAUAUCAGUACGCUUACUUAUGUGAAUAUAUGAACGCAAUUUUAUUAUUUAUUUAAUUUAAACAUCACUUGAAGGAUUUUUUUUCUUUAUGAUAUUAUUUCGGAUAACGGAAGUAAAAAGAUAUAAACUAUAUACAAGUAUAUAUAUAUAUAUAAAAUAAACAACAGGAUAUUAAAAUAAAUACAACAACACAGAAAAAAGAAAUAAAGACGAAAGGAUAAAGAAUAAAAUAAUAAAAUAUACGUUUGUUGACAUUUUUUGUGUGUGCACAUUUUAUAAACAGAUAUAUAUAUAUACAUAUAUAUACUUAAGUAAUCUGCGGUAUUAUUGCCUUAGUCCUGCACUAAAGGAAUUUUCCAUUGUAACUUGUUUUAAUUUAUUAAAGUAUACAAGCCACAUUUGUAUAUAUAUAAGAAGCUUAUUUUUAACAGAAACAGAAACUUUUUAAUAAAAUAAAAAUUUUGAAUUAGUUGAUUAUUUUCUUUUCAUAUUUAUUUUAAAACAUUGUUAUUAAUGAUAAGAAUUCAGUUCUCAUCACCAUUUACAAUAUAUCGAACUUAUAUAAUUUUAAUAUAUAUACAAAUUGCAAUUUGAAAUGGAAUAGAUGUGCAAUUUUAUCGUUAUAUUCUAAUUACCAUCAUUAUAUUAACAAUUACUUAAUUAAAGAGAGAAAAAAUUUCUCAUAUCUCAAAAAAAAAAUAGAGAGAAAUUUUGCACACAUAUCCAAAGGAGAACAAAUAAAAAAAUGUUACGUGUUAAAAAUUAUUUGGUUUUGUAUAUGUAUGUAAUUGUGUACCUGUUGUCGCAAAUAAUAAUUUGUUUCUCAAUAUUCUCAAAUAUUAUUCCUUAUUUACAAUUGCUUGUUUAAAGGAUAAUUAGAAUCCUUUUGGUGCCUUUUGAACUUUAUUUUUUUUCUUUUACUUUUUUCAUACUUAUUGCCUAUCGUUAUUACCUUUGAAUAUAAUUAAAAAUAAUUUAUAAAAUUAUUGUGUUGCUUACGACGAUGAUGCCGAUUAUUAAGUGUUAAUAAUAUUUUGUGUAUAUCAAAAAAGAAAACACAAAAAUUACAAGGAGAAAAGAAAAGAGGAUAAUUAUCAAUGGAUUUUUAUAAUAUUAAAAGAUAAAAAAAAACGGGUAAAAGGUUAAAUAUAAAAUAAUUAUUUAAAUACAGAGUGUGUGUAAAAAAGUCAAACAAAAGUUAAAAAAAAAAUUUUUUUUUUUAAAAAACGGUGUAAAUUAUUUUCGUAUAUGGGUGGUGGAAUAUCAUUAAAUUCAUCAUCUGCUUCAGCUGCAACAUCAUCAUCAUAUAAUUCAUCAAAUUUUGGAAAUGCUGUUAGUGGUAAUAAUUGGAAUACAACACAACAACAUUCAUCAACAUUCGGUGGUUCAUCGUCAUCAAGUUCAACAACAAAUCAAUUAUUCUCUGGAUUUUUAAUGACUUUUUGCUGCUGAAAGAAAUGCAAAGACGCCGCAAGAAAAUCCUGUGAAUUUCGUUGUUUUGUGUUGUGUUGUUAAUUUUUUUUUUUUUAAUUUUUCAUGAACUUCUCGUAUUUUUCAAAGAAACAUAGAUAAAAAAAGAAAAUUAUAUAAGUAGCUGUUAACCAGGCUCAAGAAAAAAUAAAACAAAAAAAAAAGACUCGGAAAAUAACUGGAUUUGAAUACUUUUGUUUGCAAAAUAAAUAAGAAAAAAGUUACGAUUUCUGGUAGAAAUUGCCGCGAACUAGAAAAUAAAAGAACUGAAAUAAUAGAGAGAAAAAUAUUUUUUUUUGUAUUAUCAAAAGAAUAGAAAAAAAAGCAUAUCUUUAGGCGAUAGCACACAUUUUUUAAAUAAUUAAAAAAAAAAAAAUAAGAAAAAUAGAAGAAAAAGAAAAAAUAAAAAAAAAUAGUUACAAAAUUGUGGAAGUAAUAAUAGUAUUGUGUAAGAAAAUGUUGCGAUCACCCACACAUUUAGUGGGUCAUGGUCCAACAUCAUCUCCACAUCAUAUGGCAACGACCCCAAAUGUUCAUCGAUUAAAUUUUACAACAACAACAAAUAACAAUAAUAAUAACAAUAAUCAUAAUAAUAAUCAUUUAAAUGGUGCUAAUACACCAACAUCACCACAUGUUAAUGGUUUAUUUUCAAAUGGUUCAACAACACCAACAACACCAACAACACCAACAAAUAAUAGUACAACAACAAUAACAACAUUAUUUCAAAAAAAUAAUUCAACAGCAACAUCAUCAUCAUCAACUACAACAACAUCACAAGCAACAACACGUUCAUCAUUAUUUGAUUCAUGUCAUCGUAAAAUACGUUUAAUUGGUGGUGGUCCAGUUGCCUUUCUUGGUGGAUUAGUAGCGUAAGUCUCACGUCUAUUAAAGAUUUUUCAAAAAUAUUGGCUAAAACCGUAAGUUGUUUAAAAUUUUUAAAAUUUUGUUUUUUCUAAAAAUAUCAACUUGAGUUUUUACAAUUGAUUUAUGUUGAAAAAUCAUCUAAUUUUUAUGCAUUAUCAUCAUCAUGUGGCUCUACAGCUCGGGUUGAGCUUUUGUUUGCUUCACAAUUUGUCUCCAUUGGUCUCUAUUUUGUGCCGCUGAUCUUCAGUUCGAGGCAUUAAGAACUCUGGUGUAAUUUUCUAUAUUGUCCACCCAUCUAGUCCUUGGUCGACUAGGUCGAUGGAGGUUGAUCGUAUUGCUAACAGCUAUACAUCGUAAAAAGCUCUCUGUUAUAAACACUUCACAAGUGCCUCGGACAAAUAAUUUUUAUGCAUUACAAUUUUGAAAAUAUUGUCUAUGUUAGAAAGAAAAUUAAAAUAUUUUGUAUGAAGAAAAAUAAAUUGUUCCAAGUGCUUCCAGACAUAAUUAGAGGAAAAUUACAAAAACGUUGUUGAAUGUUAAUUUAAGAUUUCCUAGUAUCUUUUUUUUCUAUCCAUUAUUUUGUAACAUUCACAGUAAAUUUCAAAUAACAAAAUAUGUUUCAACAAUGAAAUGAGGAAAAAGUAAAAUAAAAAAAAAAAAACGGCAAACAAUUUCCAAUUGUCCGAGAUCGAUCAAAACGUUGUUGACGCCAUUCUUCUGAUUUUCUAAUGUAAGUAGGUAUACAAAAUGGAAAUUUAUUCAGAAGAAGAAAAAAAUAAAAAUUAAGAUAAAACAAAUUUUUACUAUCAUGAGAAUAAUUUUACAAUCGAGAUCAUUGUUUUGUAACAAAGCUUCAUUAUGCACCCUCAAGAGUAGAUUCACAAAAUUAUGCGUUGUCUAUGCGAUUAUUUUACAGUAAAAUAUUUCAAACAUUUAGAAAGACUAAAAUUACCAUACGUUAUUGAAUUCCCGCAUCAUUCAGAGUUUAGGUUAACAAUACUUGGUUUUGAGCAUGUUAUAGAGGGCUCACAAUAUGUAAAACCAAGACCACCAGAUCCUGCGCACUGAAAUAUAUUAUGAAUCUACUGUUUUCUAGUAUGCAUUUUUAUUAUUCGUGAUUUCGUUAGGUUCAAAUAUUAAUUUUAAAUCAUUUGUUUACUAAAAUACAUGCAAAUCCCUAUAAUGCAAACUCCAGUAAGUGGAUUGUGUGUAAAAUAAAGUAGUUUUGCCAAUUCUGAAUAUUUUGUAUUUAAUUUUUAUCAUAGCCUUUCUUAACACAAAUUCUCUCUCACAUAAACCUUCUAACACGAGUUUAUUAAAGCUCAAAUUAAAGAUUUUUUUAUAAGUUGUUGCAAAACGGUGAUUCAUAUUAUCGAGGUCCGACUGUACUUAUUUCGAAUCGAUUCAAUAAAAAUGUUUACCUUGUUUUUGAUAUUCAAAUGAAGUUUAAAGGUAAUUCGCCAUUUUCUAUAAAUAGUUUGC